UACGUCUCACAUUUGUUUGGGUGGGUGAGCUAAGUUUUGCAGUGGGUGUCUGAUCACCUGGAGGUCGUUCCCUCCAAAGGACACCGGUGCAUGUUUGCACAGACCGGGGUCAUCCUCCGGAGGCGCAGCAGCAGCAGCAGCCAGCCGCCGCAGCGGGCUGCUCACCGACACACGGACUCUACGUAUGAGCCGUCACGGUGCAGACAGGGGUUGUAAACAUGGCGGCGGACGGGAUGGUGCUCACCAACCACGACCAUCAGACCCGUGUGGGGAUUCUGACGGUCAGUGACAGCUGCUACAAGAACCUGGCCGAAGACCGGAGCGGGGUCAACCUGAAGGACCUGGUCCACGAUCCCUCGCUACUUGGAGGGGUCAUAUCGGCCUACAAAAUAGUCCCGGAUGAGAUCGAAGAAAUCAAGGACACUCUUCUGGAGUGGUGUGAUGAACAGGAGCUGAAUCUUAUCCUCACUACCGGAGGAACUGGGUUUGCACCACGAGAUGUUACACCAGAGGCCACCAGAGAGGUGAUCGAGCGAGAGGCCCCAGGGAUGGCUCUGGCCAUGCUGAUGGGAUCACUCAACGUUACGCCUCUUGGCAUGCUGUCCAGACCUGUUUGUGGUAUUCGUGGUAAAACUCUGAUCAUCAACCUUCCGGGCAGCAAGAAAGGCUCACAGGAGUGUUUCCAGUUCAUCCUGCCGGCUCUGCCGCACGCCAUCGACCUGCUGCGCGAGGCCUCCGUCCGGAUCAAGUCCACACACGCCGCCCUGGAGCAGCUGCCCUCGCCGUCCGCGCUGCUGACCAACAUGCACGCCAACACCAACGCCAACACGCACACCAUGGAGCGUGGCACCCAGUGCGAGGAAGAGGACGAGGAAGAGGAGGACAGGAGGAGGGGGCGGCACAACCACCACCACCACCACCACCACCAGCACGGCUCCUCCCACAUCACCGCGGCUGCCAUCGCCGCCAAGACGAGCCAUGCUGCGCUCAUGGCUAAAGGAACUCCCUACCUGCCUGGAAACACACCCACCCCUCCCGCUCAUUUCACCUGUUCUCAUGAGCACCAGAUCCCGGACUCGAUCAUUUCUCGAGGCGUUCAGGUGCUUCCUCGAGAUUCUGCCUCUUUAAGCUCCACCCCCUCCGAGUCACCGCGGGCAACACAGGCAACGUCCCGCCUUUCCACCGCCUCAUGCCCGACACCUAAGGUUCAGUCACGCUGCGGCAGCAACGAGAACAUCCUGAGAGCCAGCCACAGCGCCGUCGACAUCAGGAAGGUGGCGCGUCGUCACCGCAUGUCACCCUUCCCGCUGACAUCUAUGGACAAAGCUUUCAUCACUGUUCUGGAGAUGACGCCUAUUCUGGGAAUUGAAGUCAUUAACUACAGAGUUCUGUUCGCCGCAGACGGGUUGGGUCGGGUGCUCGCUCAGGACAUCUAUGCCAAAGACAACCUUCCUCCGUUUCCCGCCUCCGUUAAGGACGGCUACGCUGUUCGAGCUGCUGACGGCCCGGGAGAUCGGUUCAUUGUGGGGGAGUCUCAGGCUGGACAGCAGCCCACCCACWCCGUGAUGCCAGGUCAGGUGAUGAGGGUGACGACAGGUGCUCCGAUCCCCUGCGGCGCCGAUGCCGUGGUCCAGGUGGAGGAUACGGAGCUGCUGAGGGAGUCUGAGGAUGGAACAGAGGAGCUGGAGGUGAGGAUUAUGGUCCAGGCUCGACCCGGACAGGAUAUCAGGCCGAUCGGUCACGACAUCCGGCGAGGGGAGUGUGUGCUGGCUAAAGGGACACACAUGGGCCCUUCUGAGAUCGGCCUGCUGGCCACAGUGGGAGUGACGGAGGUCAGCGUGCACAAAUUCCCCGUGGUGGCCGUCAUGUCCACGGGAAAUGAGCUGUUGAAUCCAGAGGACGAUCUCCAUCCUGGAAAGAUCAGAGACUCAAACCGGUCCACUCUUCUGGCCACCAUCCAGGAGCACGGAUACCCCACCAUCAACCUGGGCAUCGUUGGAGACAACCCUGACGACCUGCUCUCCGCUCUACACGAGGGAAUCAGCCGCGCUGAUGUCAUCAUCACCUCAGGGGGCGUGUCCAUGGGGGAGAAGGACUACCUGAAACAGGUGCUGGAUAUCGACCUUCACGCUCAGAUCCACUUUGGACGAGUUUUUAUGAAGCCAGGGCUUCCCACUACCUUUGCCACAGUCGACAUCGAUGGAACACGGAAACUCAUCUUUGCCCUGCCAGGUAACCCAGUGUCAGCGGUGGUGACGUGUAACCUGUUCGUGAUUCCUGCUCUGAGGAAGAUGCAGGGCAUUCUGGACCCCAGGCCAACAAUUAUUAAAGCUCGACUCUCUUGUGACGUGAAGCUGGAUCCCAGACCGGAGUACCAUCGCUGCAUUCUCACCUGGCAUCAUCAGGAGCCCCUGCCCUGGGCGCAAAGCACAGGAAACCAGGUGUCCAGCCGGCUCAUGUCGAUGCGUAGCGCCAACGGCCUGCUCAUGUUGCCCCCGAAGACGGAGCAGUACGUGGAGCUGCACAAGGGCGAGGUGGUCGACGUCAUGGUCAUCGGACGGCUAUGAUGUCAUCAGAGCGGGACGGCGGGACGGCGUCGUAUAGCGCGGGUUGGAAUGGGUGGUUCACGGUGCAUGUCCACAUAUCAUUGACUAUUCUGUAAUAUGCAACGGCACAGCUAGUUUUUAUUGAUUUGGAUAACGUUGAGGUAUAGUCAACAUCUUGAUCACAAUAGAUACAUUUAAAAAAAUAAUAAUUUAAAAAGAUUCUAGUAUUUCAAACAAAGAAAGUAUAACUUUUAAAGAAAAAAAUAAUUAUAAAAAGAGAUUUAUUCUGUAAUAUUAUUAUCCUUAUAAUAAUUAAUAUGCUUAAUUAAUAUUCUAUUAUUAUUAUCAUGGUUCUGGUUGAAUAUUCCCAUCUUUGUAGAGUUCAUGCCCUUCUUCUCUCCUGUUCAUUUGCUUUGUGAGUUUUUUCCCUGGUAGCUUCUAAAGAAAUAGACUUGCCCCUCCUUACUUCCUCCAGCCCUUUUCUCCCUUUUCUCCUUCCUCCUCCUUCAUUUUAUACUCUUAACCGUCAUUCCUGCUUUGCUUCAGCAUCCUCUAACUGAUAUAUUAACUUAAAAAAACUAACUGUGGUAUCACCAUGUUUCCUUCCAGAGCAGUGCAGUAAACUGUUCGAUUUUUGCCAAGAAAUUAAAAAGAAAAUAAAUACAAAGAUCUUUUUUUUUUUGUAUAUUUAUACGUUAAAAUCCAUCUCCACGUUUACCGCUUUCCAUUCCACACAGAGACACUAAAAACCUUCAGCGAAAGCCAUGAAAUUCUUCCAGGUGGAUCWACGAGAGGAUUUAAGUUUUAUUUAAACUCGACGGAAUGAUAAAAAAAAUAAUAAACUGCAUUCAAGUGGCGUUUUUUUCCCCCGUUUCUUUCAAGUUACCUCUCAAAAGCUGCACUACACAAUUAACUUAUUGUCAUCUGGUGCAAAAGUCACCAUCCUGAGCUCAUUUGUUUUAUCUAUUUUCCAUWCAAACAGCCACUCUUUAAAACUGUUUUACUUUGUGUAACAAAGAAAUGAGAGCUGUAAGGUGGUUGCAGAAGCUUGAGGAUACGAGUUUGUGUUUAGUUUAUAUUUUUCUUAGGGUUCAAAUAAAAUCACAUAAAAAAGAUCAACAUGUUAAAACAUAGGUUCGUCUAAAUAUAUAAACUUAUUUUUUUAGACAAACUGAAAAUCAUCAGACACCAUGAAGCGAUAAAAUAUGUUUUGGUCUUCGUUCCUUUUAAUAAUCUGCAGAUUCUUCCUAAAAUAAAUUUUGCACAUUUAGAUUGCAGCUUUAUUUUCUUAAUUUAACUGUUUAUUAACAGUUAUUAAAUUUUUUUUCUCUAAGUGUUUAUCUACAUUUGAUUUGUUUAUUAAAGCUGCCUUUUCAUGAGAUUUAUAAAUAAAAYUAUUYCUAGUUGUACYUGUAUUGUGCCACAAAUAUAUUAGUAUUUUAAUUUUUUGCACAAAAACUGUAAUAAUUAGUCUUUAUUUUCAUGUCAAUUUUUAAUAUAAUUUAAAUUUAAUUUAUUUUCCUGCUUUUGUUUACAAAUGGCGAUGUCAGUGUCUCAUCUUGAGCCAAAAUCCAAGUAAAAUAAUGCCUAAUGUUGAAUUAAAUAAAAUAAUUCAAUUGAUUAAKUUAAACUAGAAUUUUAUAAAGCAGAUACAGAAUAUACAAAAAUACACAGUUUGAAAAAUAAAUUAGGUUUCUCAUAAUUUUACAGAUUUGUUUAAUUUUUUUGUUUUUGUCAGUCUUGUUUCUCCAUACUCUGAAAGGCUGGUUUCUCUUUGACCAUCUUUCACCCAAACGUUCCAGUUUUCAUCCAUAAACUUCUUGAACAAGUUCCUACAACUCAGAGAAAAACUGACAUCACUUGAAAGCAGCAUGUCAUGUUCAGGUGCUUGUUAAAAAAAACUACACUGUGUUUCCUGCAGUAAGGUGCUCGUUUAAGUCUAAAGUUUAAACUUUCUAAGGCUGUGAAUCAACACGUUGUUUGUCUGCUGUUCUCUCAAAGAAAUCAAUCAAAUAGAAAUUUAUCUUACUUAAAUUACCUUAAAACUUUAAAAUAAUAGAUUCAAGAAUAGGAGUGACACAAAAGUAUAUUUAUUUUUAAAAAAUAGAAUGAAGAAAUGUAGCGAUAAAUAUGGAGAUACAAAUGUGUCAAAAUAAUCAUGUUUAAUUUUGCAUUUAUGAAAUAAACAUUAACUAAUUUGGUUCAUUUAAUUAUAUAAAUAAAUCACAUUUCAGAAUUAAAGUUCAGAAUUAAAGGUACUUUCUUCAAACUAUCCUGAGGAAAAGGUGCCAUUUGAAGGAAAUUACCAGAUUUACUGACUUGUAUGACUUUGCAAUGCGUACCUUUGCAAUGAGUACCUUUAAUAACAAUGUAUUUUAUGUUUAAAAUUCUACAAAAUAAAUAAAUACCAAAAUACUUUCUUUUUUUAAUAAUUUAAUUUAGUUUCUUUGUAUUUCAUCAUUUGAUUUCCUCUAUUUUGUGGCACUUUUGGAACUCUGUAUACAGAUUAUAAUAAAACAAACUAUGUGAAAAAUUGUUUACAAAACAAAAAGUAAACACUGAAGGUACCAUGUGAAAUCUGUGAAUUCCAACUGUCUAUCAUUGCACCGUGACUUCCUCUGCUUCUUCCUGUUGGUGCCAAAGGUCAAAGGUCAGCUGCUGCAUUCAGCUCGAAGCCGACAUUUGUAGAAAGCGUCAAAAGAAAUAAGUUUAUUUGUUAAAUUGUCCUUUGUUUCUAAUGAUUCUCUUUAAGAUCAAAAUUGUGAUCAGUAUUUCCUGAUGAGAUGAUUUGCGAUCUGAACGCAGCACUCUUUUCUGAGCUUUGGACGUUCCUUUUUCUUACCUGCCAAACCAUUCUUUCCCUCACCCCCCUCCCCCCUCCACCCAUCACACCUGCAUGCCCGUAAAGAGGGGCGUGUCUUUCUCAUUGGGCAGGUGUAAUUCCAGGCAAGGUGCAGCACCUGGGGCAGCGCUUCUGAUCCGACCGGAAACGCGUUCUUUUAUAUCCACCUGUACUCAUGCCACUGGCUCUUAUUGAUUCAGAAACUUCCCAGUUACCUCAAAUGCACCACAGAGAGCAGAAAUCAGCCGCUCGCUGCUGCGUUCGUGUUACACCAGGAUUUUAUUUUUAUUUUUUUUGCAACAUUUUAAAAACUCUCAUUAAAUCUGUGAAAAAAAACAUUUAAAUUAAAUGAAAACAUUGACACAUUGUUUGCUUUAGUUUUCCUACUUUGGGCAGCUCAUGUGUAUAAAAAUUCCAUUCUGACGCGAACGCAGCAUCGGAGCAGGUCCUGGCACCUGCCCAAAGAGGACCGAUCAAACCCGGAUAGAUCCAUUCGAGUCAGAAGAAGAAGAAGAAGAAGAAGCAGGUUAAUGUGAAACUGCCUUUGUACUGAGUGAUUCGUAACACUGGACUGAACUCAGUGUCACACUGCACACACUACAAACUAUGACCAGCACUUGUAAUGAAGCAAUGACACAGCAUUCUACUACUACUGUAUAAAUAUAAUGAAGAGGAUGUUUUUUUCUGUAAUAAUAUUGAAACUGAAGAUGAAUUAAAGAUAAUCCUGAAUAUUCUGUAA